AUGCCCUAUUCCUCCUGCGCUGCGUGCCAACUAGGCCACUCGAAUUCUCUUGUUUUUUAUCAUAUGUACAUAGACUUCAGCUUAUCAUCCCAGAAUAAAAACUACAAUCUUUGCGAAAGAUGUCAAAUCAUCCACGAUGGAGUUCUACAGCAUGUCCGCCGAGAUAGGCCUGUGAUGAAAGAGGAAAUAGUCAGGGCGAUCAUUUCGGGCAAUAGUAUCCAGAUCUUAUGUAGUAAAUCGUCGUUGUCAAAUGGUGGAUGUCAAGAGUUGGAAAUUUAUGAACUACCUGAUUACGAUCCACGCAAAUCUAGAAGUACUCCACUACAUUCUUUCAAAAUUUCACCACACAUCGUUCCAAAUCUCGAGUUGGAAAGUGCUCUAGGCAUUAUAAGCCCAUGGUUAUCAGGAUGCCGUGCAAGCCAUAGAGAAGAGUGUGCCGAUGCAUCAGAAUUAUCAAUUCCAGAUCGCCUUCUUGAUGUAAAACAGUGUGUUUCAAAGAACCAAAUCCUGCUAGUGGAAUCAAGAACAAUUGACCAAGCUCGUCCGAUAGAGUACACCACAUUGAGCCACUGUUGGGGAUCGGCUCAAUUUAUCAAAACAAACUUGGACAAUUACAGUGCGCACGCCAAUGGCAUUGAUUUGUCGACACUCCCUCGAACAUUUCGGGAUGUGGUACUACUCACGCACAGACUGAACAUACAAUACAUAUGGAUUGAUUCCAUCUGUAUUAUACAGGAUGAUGUUGCUGAUUGGGAACGUCAAUCAGCUUUAAUGGCCGACAUAUAUUCUGGCUCGCUUUUAAAUAUAGCGGCUGCGCAUGGCCGAGACAGUCAGACUGGACUAUUCAACACCCGGUUCGCGCAGCUACAUGCAGAGUAUCCUGGAAGCCGAGUGCAAAAAACCAUACCACCGUUCGAAGAGCUUAAGAUUCUUGAUAAGACAGGGCUGGCACAUAGACUAGAAGGCAGCGGACCAUUCUUUAUUCGACCAAGUUUAAGCACAACUCAUGAUAGACAUUCUCUCUUCCAUGGGAGUGGGAAAUCUAUGGCACCCCUCAAUACGCGAGGAUGGGUGUACCAAGAGCGCAUUUUAUCCCCCAGAACUAUAAGCUUCUAUGCGACAGAGCUAAUAUGGGAAUGUAGAAUGGAAAGAUGGUGCGAAUGCACCAGAAUAUCAGAACUUCCCAAACGCGAUCCAGCAAUGAUAAUCACUAGAGAUGGCGCGAGGAUACGUUCGCUGCUAUGUAGAGGCAAUGAACAACAGCUCAAUAAAAUCCUUGACGACUGGUAUUCGAAUAUCGAAAACUAUGCCGUUCUUCAGUUAACGAAGGAAGAAGAUCGACUUCCCGCGCUCUCCGGGAUUGCAAGCCGCACUUACGAGGCUCUGAAUCAAUUAUCAAAGUCAAUUUCAUCACAGGGAUCAGAGGAUCUGCAGGGUCCUCAGUAUGUCGCCGGAUUGUGGAAGAUUCAUAACUCUGACGGCUCUUUGUCUUCAAGGGGAUUUCUUUGGUAUUUUUUCAGAGGCACUCGUUCGUUGAAAAGAUCAAAAAGAUUUGUGGCACCAACAUGGUCAUGGGCGUCGGUCGUAUGUCAGAAUACUGAUAAUGGUCGGGCCAUGAAUACCUUCUAUACCUCAAAUCAAUGUGCUGACAAUUUCUUUAUUAUUGAGGAUGUCAGUUGUGUGGUGGAAGGUGUCAAUCCGUAUGGAGCAGUAUCAUCUGGUAAACUCAGAGUCGGUGGGAAGUUGAUGCUAGCUGGAGACGUCCGAGACUUUUAUACCGAAGACCAUAUUUUGAAAUCGAAUUUAGGAGAAGCAGUUUCAAAUCAUUCCACAAAACAAUACUACGAGGAAGGGGAUCUAGACGUUGAUGGUUGGCAGCCAGAAUACGGUCAUGGAGAGACAUACAUGUUACAGGUAUCACAUCAAAAGCAAACUGGUUGGGAACCGCGAGGGAUAGCGCUCAUAUUGCAGCGAGUCAAAGAAAAUAACAUCUCCAUUGGCGGCGAUAGUAAGUUCAGACGGAUUGGACUCACUCAACUUCACAGCGGGCUAGAUCCAUUUGAAUCAGUCAAGGAAACUACUUCAAUAACGAUCAUAUGA